UAAUCGGAAUGGGGGGGGGACUUCCUGGUAACGACGAUGACCAGAGGAGUUGGUGGGACGCCUUUGGCGAAAACUGAAGGAGGGACAGACAACUGAAGGAGGGACAGACCACUGAAGGAGAGACAUACCGGGCUGCACAGCGAGGGAAUCACAGCUUCGACUCACAGUUGAUUUUCCACUAAUCCCACAUGUACCCAUGUCUCGACGCCUUAGUCCGAGUGUCCCGAGCAACGUGUGUAAGAAGGAGCGUGAUGGAGCCAAUGACAUACCGACACACAGCUAAGCGCCAACAAAAACAACAACAACACCAGCAACAGUGAACCGACAUGGCGCCCCAGCCUCGGCAACACCUCACCGCACAAGGUGUCCCCUGCUUUUAGACCAAGAGUGUACGCCUGUGGACCCCUUUCCAUAUUAACAGCAAUGAACGGGCCCAAGGGGGGGCACCUCCUGGUGUCCCCCUGUGGUGUGGGUCCCCCACGCUACAUGACCAACGGACGACGGUCCCCGGGCAUCCGGAUGCCCAUAAGGACCACCACGUCCACCCACUGGACAGGCAUGAGUCCCCCCGUAGGUACACUGGGAGGAGGAGGAGGAGGAGGAGGAGGAGGAGGAGGAGGAGGAGGCUCUUACUGGGCCAUGUCGUCUGGGAAGAUGUCAACCGGGGCCAGCGUUCCCGUGGUCCUUCCGGCCCUUAGCCUUCGCCGGCGGCUUCUGACCAACGGCUCCGAGUUAGGCACGCCGUCCCCCGGACACCACCGCCGCCGGCUCCACGACCCCACCUUCGAGGCCACCUACGUCCUGCCUGGAGGACAGGGUCACUUUAAAGGUCAUUCUGCAGCGGGGGCGUCCACAGAGCAUUUCCACCAGUCAGCCUGCCCUAACCUGCGUGUCACCAGUAGCCCCAUGAUCGUACAGAGCCUGGGUCCAAGCAGAACCCACGGCCCGGGCACCAUGGCACCGCCUCAUCCUCCAGCACACCCGCAGGGGGUCCUGGUACCCAGUACUGAUGCGAGAUCCCUGCACUCCAGAGAGUCCCUGGCCUCCACCACCCUCAGCCUGUGCGAGACCCAGUCCAUGAUGAGCGGCCGGCAGGACUGGCCCCCCGGCUACCGCGUCCUCCCUCCUCUGGGGCCCCUGAUGGGCUCGCCGCAGCCCGGCCCCGACGGCGACCACUUCAGCCUCAUCCUCUCCCCGGUCGGGACCUCCAUGUCGGGCGCCACCACCGUCUCCGGCGGCGUCUCCGGCGGCGCCGCCAGCAACGCCGCCUCCCUGCCCUCGUAUCUCUUCACCUGCGACCCCGGGAGCCCCAAACUGGCGGCGGCGGCGGCGGCGGCGGCGGCGGCGGCGGCGGCGGCGGCGGCGGCGUCCCGCUCUAAGAAGCGGGCGCUCUCCAUGUCCCCGCUGUCGGACGUCAUGGGCAUCGACUUCAACUCCAUCAUCCGCACCUCGCCCACGUCGCUGGUGGCGUACAUCAACGGCUCGCGGGGCUCCCCGUCGGCCCUGUCCGUCCUGUCCCCGGUCGGGGCCGGGGACGUCUACGGACACUUCCUGGGCGUCAGGGGGAGCUACAUCCCCCAGGCCGACGGCCACCAUGGAGCGGCCACCGCCGGCACCCUGGCCCUGGUCCAGGCGCCCGCGCGCGGCGGCUCGGAGUGUGUCCGAAUGCAGAGACUGAUGACCGACCGAGGAGGAGGAGGAGGAGGAGGAGGAGGAGGAGGAGGUGGAGGAGGAGGAGGAGGAGGAGGAGGAGGAGGAGGAGGAGGAGGUGGAGGUGGAGGAGGGGUUGGAGGAGCUCUGGAGUACCAGAUGGCCAACAUGGUGGUGGAGCAGCAGGUCCUGCCAGGGGACGCGGGGGCACCGGAGGAGGCCCCGCUGGGCUGCAGUAAUCCCGGGGACGGCCUGCUGCCGUCCGGCCCGCUAGACCCGUCGCUGUUGAACUGCGUCCAAGGGACCGCCUCGGCGCCCCAGGGCCCUCCACCGCCGUACCACGCCCACCACCGCCGCCACCGCCACCCCCACCACCACCACCCCCACCACCGCCACCACCCGCACCUCCAUCCUCACAGACCUCCCGAUCCGGACAGCGAGCACCCCGCCUCGUACGGCGCGGUGCCGGCGCCGCCGCGCCACAGGCACACGUUCGGCUUCCUGCCCCAGGAGCCGAUGCUGGAGGAGGAGGACGGGGAGCUGGACGACUACGGGAGCCACUGCUGCCGGUGGGCGGACUGCAGCGCCGUGUACGACCAGAAGGAGGAGCUGGUGAGGCACAUCGAGAAGCUGCACGUGGACCAGCGGCGAGGCGAGGACUACACGUGCCACUGGGUGGGAUGCCCGCGCCGGCUGAAGGCCUUCAACGCCCGCUACAAGCUCCUGAUCCACAUGAGGGUCCACUCGGGGGAGAAGCCCAACCAGUGCCCGUUUGAGGGCUGCAAGAAGGCGUUCUCGCGGCUAGAGAACUUGAAGAUCCACCUGCGUAGCCACACUGGGGAGAAGCCGUACCAGUGUCAGCACCCCGGCUGCUACAAGGCGUUUAGCAACUCCAGCGACAGAGCCAAGCACCAACGCACACAUCUGGACACAAAGCCUUAUGCGUGCCAGGUCCCGGGCUGUAUGAAGCGCUACACCGACCCCAGCUCCCUGCGGAAACACGUCAAGUCCCACUCCACCAGAGAACGGCAGCUCCGCAAGAAGCUCAGGCCUUCUGCCAGUGUCCCCGAGGAAGAGCUGACAAGCUGUUUGACCAUCCAGCCCCUGCAGGCCACCGUCUCUCCUCCGGGCCACUCGCCUGCAGCGUCCAAUGAGCUACCUUCAUACCCCGCUUCUCUUCAGGAGCAAGAUCCCUCGGGGAUGUCUUGCAUGUCUCUGUUCUGCACCUUGAAGGAAACGUACAGAUUUGUCGAUCCGUCCCCCCACCAGCAUGUCCCUGGAGGGCCCCAUCACCAUCCCCACCAUCCCCACCAGCACCUCAACCUCCAGCCCCGGGGGUCUUGUAGCGCCUCUUGCUGCCCUCCUACCCCCAGCCCACCACAGCAGGACAAGCAGCUCAGCCAUGCCGACCACAUUCCUCCAUCGAUGACUGAUCUAACAAACCCAGAGCUCUCCGGGCAGAUGGAGAUGCAUUACUCUCCCAUGGUCGGCGCUGGAAUGGCUGGGACACAGUCCACUGCGUGUCUCCUGAUGCCCAGCCAUGCCUACGGUGACGACCUGUCUUCCAUGCUGAACACCGUACACAGCCCAGCGGACAUCCCACGCAGACCUCAGGCCGCCAUCUCAGAAUUUGACGUCUACAUCCCAGGAUGUGAUUUCGGCCAUGCAUGAGGAACAGUAUAUCGAAUGCAGUGAAACGCUGCCCAAGUCAUCUGUCGUGCAUCUCUAUUAAAGCAGACUCCCUCCGGUGACGGGCUGUGCACUAUCGCUGCAGGUAACAGGUUCUUUCCGGCAGAAGCGAAAAUAAUGAAGCAGUUUAACUUGCUGCUUCUUACAGCACACACAGGGGUUAUGUGUUAGUGUCUGAUAUUCUGCAUAUUUCUCUGUGCUUUGAUAAACAUGAUUUGUUUUUCGUUGUUUAAUAUAGCGCUGAAUGUCGAUGUUUACUUUGAUUCCUUUUUUUUACGAUUGUAUAACAUCGUCGUGUUGUAGUUUAUUAUGAGACUUUUGCACAUCAUUUCGAACAUGCGUUGGAACAAAAAAGCACAUAAGAGGUAAUUUAUUAAGUCAAAGUUUAAUUGUAACCAUAGUAACAAUAAACCCCUUUAACAUGCCACUUAAGUAUGCGUAGCUGUUGUAUUUCCAGACCUUGUUUGUUUCUGUGCCAAGAUCUAAACGAAAGAUUUCUGCUGGUUCUUCGAAUUAAUUGUGAAAAUUAAUAAAUAUUUUGCACUGCUUCACCAGAAA